CCGAUAGCAUUUUAUUCCGCCAACAUCAUGAAUUUUAUCGGUAUAAAAUGUUUACCUGUGGUAUUAUUUGUUGAGUUGACAACGGCGGAUUUCAUUCCAAUGAUGUAUAAAAAUAGGAAUUAACGUAAGAAGGAUGGAGUCUUCAAAGGCAAUUGAAAGCUGCUUGUUUCUCCUCUGUAAUUUGCUUCUCGCGGAAAGCAAAUCCGUUGAACUGAUUGGUGCUGGAGCCUCGUUUCCGAGCGCUGUAUAUACACAGUGGAUGAACGACUAUAGAAAAUACCGCAUCAGACAUGUUGAUGUUCAAAUGCAGUACUACAGUAUCGGAAGUGGUGGAGGAAAGGCCCGAAUCAAAGGGGAGCUACUCCCAGCGGUACAUUAUGCUGGAUCAGACAUUACGCUUACAGAUGACGAAAAGAAAGCAUAUCCAGACCUUACUACAUUUCCAACCAUGGCAGGGGCCAUUGUACUCGCCUACAAUAUCCCUGGCUUAGGGUAUCUAAACCUGAAUUUGGAGGCAAUUGUUGGAAUAUAUAAUGGCACUAUUAGAAACUGGAACAGUCCUGAAAUAACAAUUUUGAACAAGGAAUCAACACUUCCGCCAAAGGAAAUAGCUGUGAUAGUUAGAGCGGACAAAUCAGGAACAACAAGAGCUUUCACUUCUGGUCUGUCCUCAUAUAGCAGAGAAUGGAGAACUACGUACGGCACUUUCUCUGAAGGUCGUAACAAAAACACACGAACUUCUGUUAAGUGGAACAAUAACACCGUCAAGUUCUUUGGACAGGGAAACCAUGGAAUGUCUGGGUUAAUCAUGUCAAUUGAUUACUCUGUUGGUUAUGUUUCCAUAGCAAAUGCCAAAUCGUCAGGAUUACAAUAUGCUAGACUCGUAAAUGACGCUGGAAGUUUAGUCAACGCAACAGUUGAAACUGUCCAAAAUGCUAUAAUAUCAGCAAACGGUUCGUUGGACAUCAUGAACACACCAGGGCCUUUCGCUUACCCUCUUGCAUCUUUUACAUAUUUCAUUGUACCAAUGUCUACAAUGGCAGAAUGUGAUGCAGCCGUUGAGUUUGUGCGAUAUGUAAACUGGUUUUAUCAUACCGAAGUGGCACAAGAACUACUAGUCAGGCUGCAUAUGGUACCCCUAGACAAUGCAUCCAUUUCUGGUGUAGUGAAUAAAGUAUUGAAAGCUAUGACAUGUGGAGGAAAGAAUGUCUGGCAGUUAAUGAUUAGUCAGACUGAAGCAGAAAACAAAGUAAAUAAUAAUAACAAUUGGCAGAUCCCUACGUUUAUAAGCCUGUGCUUAGUUAUUGCAGUGUCGACUGGUCUUGGUGUUCAUUUAGGUAGACAACAAAUUUAUCUUCAUAGAGAGCUACUGAAAGAUACUUGGAAAAUUGAUAUUACAAAGAUAUCACUUGAUAAAGAAACUGUAAUUGAGAAAAUGUCGAGUGGGCGCCUUUCGCGUAAUUCUUCAAUGAAGGAAGACAACCUUGUACACGAAAACAUUGUUUUCAGUCAUAACUGCCGGACGGAACAGCAAAAUCCUAUUGGUGUAUUUGGCGAUCAACCAGUAACAUUACUAAAAAUGACAAGGCACCCAAUAGAUUUUAAUCUUUCAGAGAAAAAAACAUUGAUAUGGAUGCGAGAUACUAUCAAACACGUAAACAUUAUGCAGAUCUUUGGUGUAACUAAAAUUGAUGGCAGGUGGAAUAUUGUACACCGUGAUAUCUUUCUUGGGUCGCUGAGUGACAUACUAAGAAGUAAAAGAAUCGAAAUUCAUACUGAAGGCAUUGUUGCUCUUUCCAAAUCAUUAGUAAAAGGAUUGUCAUAUUUACACCGGAAAGGGAUUGUACAUGGUCAUCUCACUGGUAUGAAUUGUUUAAUAGACACAUCUUGGCAGUUACGAAUAGCCGCUUGGAUCGAAACGAAACUGGAAACGUUCAGCAAAAUUGAUAAAAAUAAGGUUUCUGCAUUUCAAUCUGAAUCUGAAGACGACAAAACAUUGUUGCUUUGGGUCGCUCCAGAAAUUAUCAAAUUUAAAAGAACACCAACUCAAGCUUCAGAUAUUUACAGUUUAAGUAUGAUUUUCCAGGAAAUGUUUACUAGAAAACAACCAUACUAUGAGCUCACAAUGACUAAUUCAGAGAUAAUUUACGCUGUUUUAACAUGUGGUAUUCGCCCACAUUUUGCGACAGAAACUCCAACGAUAUUCCGGUCUAUAAUGGAACGUUCUUGGGAAAUGGACCAAGCUGCAAGACCAAAGUUGGAUACUAUUUACAAUUCAAUCAAGGCAGCAUUUCCAGUGGAAAUUUCAUUCUUAGAUUGUGUUAUACGAUCAGUGGAACACUACGCAAGGCAACUUGAGGAGAAAAAUAAAGAUCAGGAAAUUGAACUAAAAAUAAUAAGUGAAAAGGCGCGGACUUAUAUGUACCACAGCAUACCUAUAUCUGUCGCAAAUGCAUUGACAACAAUGUCGGAAAUGGAGACAGAAAUAAAAGAAUGUGCAUGUAUUAUAGUAUACAAAGUAGCAAACAUCACAUCCCUUAUCAAGCAUGUCAGCGCCAAAGGAAUUGUGAACCUCCUCAACAGUUUCUACGUAGGUACGGACCAGUUGUUCCUGGAAAAUGACAUAUACAAAUUAAACAGGUAUUCUGGUGAAACUAUAUUACUAGUGGGUUUACAGCGGAAGUUCAGCAACGAUUUUGGGAUAAAGGUCGCAACUGACGCUGCCUAUGUAACACUGCAGUUGAACACUUUCGCUCGAAAGUUCAGCAAACAAAGACUUGUUGGUACGAAUACUGAAAUAAGGCUUCAGACUGGAUUAGCAUCAGGUACAGUCAUUGUGGGCCUUAUGGGAAAUGUAGUUCCGCUGUAUACAGCCUUUGGAAACGUAUUGGAAGAGGCAUCAAAGCUUGCAGGAAAGGCAGAACCCAGUGAAGUAAGGAUAUCAGAGACAGUACAUUCCAGCUUGAAAGAAGCAAAGGUUCCUGGCACAUAUCAAUACAUUAAAAAUGGGAUUACAUGCUACUCAUUGGACAGUCAGAACUCGAGCAUACACGAUUAUCGUAGUAUACAUCCUCUAACUGUGUCCACAAGCAGUCGCUAAAACUUCACUAUAUUAAACAUAAUUCAAACAGUAAACAGUCUACUGCUUGUUUGGAAACGCUUGUUACAUGCUUACAACAUCACAUCAUUUUCAAAACUUAUCGAUCGGAAGUAAAUGAUGAUAAAUAUUUUUUAACAUUCAGCCGGGCUUCCAUGAGGAUUUACUCCACUGUCAUUUCAGAACAAACAUCCUGUUGGAACAAUAAACUCCUCGUGAAUGCCGACUGUUUUUCAAUUAGUAAUUUUCUAGAACGGAUAAUAGUACUUAAUAGGAAAUCAGGCAGCACUUCCGGGCUAUAAGAUAAUGACAGAAAGAAAAAAACUCAAAUAUGUUAAUGUGCCAUUUUCGUGUCUUAUGUAAGUCAUUUUCAGUUUUUAUCUUAUUGUGGACCUAUGUUUGCCAUUUUGAUAGCAUUAAAAAAAUAGCUUGCAUUUAUAUGAAUAUAAACAAACAUUAUUACAAAUGUGUUCACGCCGACAUUCUACUUUUAGUUUGGAAGAUGUUCCAUAGUGUUGACCUAUCAGACAAAAGAAUCUCUUUCAGAAGAUACAUGACACAUACUUUUCUUGGUGUUUUUCUUUUCUUUCUUUUUUUUUGUUGUUGUUGUUGCUGUUGUUUAUAGGUCAUUUAUAAAUAUAAAGUUUCUAAUUCCUUUUUAAAAUGGCCCUUGCUAAGAGUGACAGCUCUCAGAAGAUUGUUUAUCUUAUAUGAAACAUGUAGCAAAUUUUUACUAUUGUGUUACCGACAACUAAUGGUGAUCGCCCAUAUAUAGUUAUUUACAAAUCCAGCAUUUCAAUUCCAUGUCAAAUUGCAUUUAAGUCCCCUACCGGUGGAACACCGGAGGGGACUAUAUGAUUGUUCUCCGUCCGUCCGCAAAUCUCGAUCCUGCAAUUUCUCAAAAAGUAUUCAAGCUAGGUUCAUAAAACAGGUAAUGGGAAUAGAGGGAAAUAUGUAGAUUAUGCAUGUACGUGACUUGAAUGUCAAAGGUCAAGGUCAUUGUUGAAGGUUAAGUAACAUUGUUGUUUUUAUAUGCAUUGAUGGAUUAUCUAAGUAGUUUACACAAACGUUCCCCAUAAUGAGACAAUAUGCAAUAUUUUCCCGGGUGAAAGUGUAAAUAAUGGUGUUCACGACUGAAAUAUAUUCCGAUAAAUAAAUUGUCUUUUCAUUUUA